AUGAGGCCAUACGUUGUGUGAGGCGGCCUUAUCGACUCACUCUCCCCUUCCCUUCUUAUCUCCUCCUCUCCCUCCUCCUUGCGGAGCCGCGCUUCGCUUCUCACCCUAAGCGACUUCGAGGCGAACGAAGCCGUCGACCAUGGCCGCCGCCGCCACCACCACCACCAUCGGCGUGUCUUCUCUGGUCCGGACUCCCUCCUUGGAUAUCUCCACCAGGAGGGUCCUCCUCUACGGCUUCGACAAGCCCCGCUCCUCCGGCAGCCUGCUCAAGGUCUGCGGUGCCGCUCGCAGGCUGUUCGUCCCCUCCGCUGUCGCGUCCCCCAAUUCCGUCCUGAGUGAGGAGGCGUUCAAGGGGUUCCGUGGCCUCUCCAAGUCGCCUCUCGAGGAAGGCGAAGAAGAGGAGUACGGCUCGGAUGCGUAUAACUCCGAGGAGGAGGAAGAGGGGUCCUCCUCCGCCGCUGCCGGCCAGGACAAGGAUGAGCUCGCCAUCACCAACUUGGACUUGCCGCAGCAGCUCGUCAGUUCCCUCGAGAAGCGAGGGAUUACUCACCUUUUCCCGAUUCAGAGGGCCGUGUUACUUCCUGCUCUUGAAGGCCAAGACAUUAUUGCACGGGCUAAGACGGGUACUGGAAAGACAUUGGCAUUUGGAAUUCCCAUUAUCAAACGGCUUAGCGAGGGUGAUGAGGGGCGGAGGAAGUCAAGGCAGUUAGGCCGUCUUCCUCGGGCCCUGGUUCUUGCACCUACCAGGGAGUUGGCAAGGCAAGUGGAGAAGGAAAUUAAAGAGUCUGCACCUUAUCUUAGCACGGUCUGUGUCUACGGAGGAGUUUCUUAUAACAUUCAAAAAAAUGCACUUUCUCGUGGUGUUGAUGUGGUUGUGGGAACUCCUGGUCGAAUAAUUGACCUCAUUAAUGAUAAUAGCCUUCGGCUUGGCGAGGUUCAGUUUUUGGUUCUUGACGAAGCUGAUCAGAUGCUUGCUGUUGGAUUUGAAGAAGAUGUGGAAGUAAUACUGGAAAAGCUACCGUCAGAACGCCAAAAUAUGUUGUUUUCUGCAACAAUGCCUGGUUGGGUUAAGAAAUUGGCCAGGAGAAACCUAAAUGACCCUCUGACAAUUGACUUGGUUGGUGACCAAGAUGAGAAGCUAGCCGAAGGAAUUAAACUAUAUGCAAUACCAACUACUGCAACUUCAAAGCGAACAAUCCUUAGUGACCUAGUUACGGUAUAUGCAAAGGGUGGGAAGGCCAUUGUUUUCACUCAGACAAAGCGGGAUGCUGAUGAAGUAUCAAUGGCCUUAACUAACAGUAUAGCAUCUGAGGCACUACAUGGGGAUAUAUCUCAACAUCAGCGAGAAAGAACUUUAAAUGGCUUUCGUCAAGGGAAAUUCACUGUGCUUGUUGCAACUGACGUUGCUGCUCGUGGACUUGACAUACCAAAUGUUGAUCUGAUUAUCCAUUAUGAACUGCCAAAUGAUCCAGAGACAUUUGUUCAUCGUUCUGGUCGUACUGGACGUGCUGGAAAAGAAGGCACUGCUAUCUUGAUGUUUACUAGCAGCCAGAGGAGAACAGUUAAAUCCCUUGAACGGGACGUAGGAUGCAGGUUUGAGUUUAUAAGCCCGCCGCAGAUGCAAGAGAUACUGGAAUCAUCAGCGGAGCAAGUUGUUGCGACUCUGCAGGGUGUUCAUCCAGAGUCCAUAGAGUACUUCCUUCCAACUGCUCAAAGAUUGACUGAUGAACAAGGAACGCAAGCUCUUGCUGCUGCUUUGGCACAUUUAAGUGGAUUUUCUCGACCGCCUUCAUCUCGUUCUCUCAUCAAUCAUGAACAGGGAUGGGUGACAUUGCAAUUGACCCGUGAACCAGGAUACUCAAGAGGGUUCUUUUCUGCUAGAUCUGUUACUGGGUUUCUUUCCGAUGUUGUUCCUGCUGCUGCUGAUGAAGUGGGCAAAAUAUAUUUGAUCGCAGAUGAAAGGAUUCAAGGUGCUGUCUUUGAUUUGCCUGAAGACAUUGCAAAAGAAUUACUAAAUAAGCAAUUACCACCAGGAAAUUCUAUAUCCAAGAUCACCAAGCUUCCUACGCUACAAGAUGAUGGUCCUUCUACUGACAAUUAUGGCCGGUUUUCAAACCGAGAGCGGGGAUACAGAGGUGGUUCUUCUCGGGAUCGAAAUCAGAGGGGUUUUAGAAGUUGGGGUGCACGGGACUCUAACAGUGAUGAUGGCUUCCAACGUGGAGGCCGGGUCUCUAGAACUGACAGUGAUGAUGGCUUCCGACGUGGAGGCCGGGUCUCUAGAACUGACAACAGCUGGUCUAGAUCACCAAGAGGGAGCGAGGAUGACUGGCUAAUCGGUGGUAGAAGAUCAAGUCGUUCAUCCUCAUAUGGCAAUCGGGACAGAAGCUUUGGAGGCACAUGCUUUAAUUGUGGCAGGUCUGGCCAUCGUGCAUCAGAAUGCCCAAACAAAUAAUCACUUGGACGACGGACAUUCCUGCUUGGAUUCAUGGAUAUGCUCCAAUUCUGAUGUGAUAAAGAGUGAAUGAUGACAGCAUGGAAGUGAAUCAGCUUGCACCAUUGCUCCAUCACAUUUGCAGUCUACACCAUGCAAAGAUGUGGGGAUGAUGGUGAACCAGUGAUUUAUAGGAGGUUUCACUGGGUUACUACUAAUGUGAAGUUCCUGAAGAGGAUUUAUCCAGGGAGCUUUGCAAGCUUAGAUCAGUUUCAUAGUGUCUUUUUCCUCCCCAAAGCAUGAUUUGAGGAGCUUCAAGAUAUGAUUUCCUUGUGUUCUCAGCUGAAGGUAUUAAUCACUUGAAACAAUUGUGUUAGCGCCAAGGAGUGUGCGCACCGUGAUACAUGCUGGUUAAUGAAUCUAUAUAUCUCCUAACUACAUUAUUGUAAGAGAUGAAUAGGUCUUCCUAGCUUUGUUUGCACUCAUAGCUUAAUCACUUGUUGAGAUGCACUUGGAUUGAAACAAGUUUUCACAGGUUUGUUUACCCUAAUCUGAGUGUUUAUUAUUGCUGAUUCA